AGGAUUCACUACACUGAGCGAGCUUGCAACUCCCAUCCACCGUUGGUCUUCCUCCUAUCGAUAUCCCUCUUAAUAACCUUCUAAUGUCAGCUCCCAAAAUUAUUGUUCAGAUAGCCAUUGCUGGGGCACAGAUACUCGGCAAGGCAUUCCUAGCGGCAGGGAGACAAGCACUUGCAAACGCGAAGCACACACCAGACAGUGUUAUUGGUGGUGAUGUCGCGGGUCUCCGAAGUGCCACCUCAGGUUCUAUAACGGACAAACUAACUCGAGAACACCGAAUGACAUUGGAUGAGGCUCGUCUGAUCCUUAACGUCAAAAAGGAUGACCCAGCGGAGAGGAUCUCUCAACACUACCACCACCUCUUCAAAGCAAACUCUCCUCCGGCGGCUGAUGCAAAAGCCGCGAAACCAAAACCUGGGACCAGACCACAUGCGCAGUCUAUAUACUCACAUUACCUACAAUCAAAAGUUGUGCGAGCGAGGGAACGAAUCGAAGCCGAGCUAAAAGCAGCAUCGGGGCCUGCUUCGGAAGCUUCGCAGACAACAACAACACCUCCACCACCUUCAUCGUCGUCGAGUGCUCCGCCACCUGAAAAUGGGAAGUCGAGUUGAUAUCAUUCGGAGGUCAUGGGUCUUGAUAUCCUCAAUUGCUAAUUUAUGACUAGUACGCACCCUCAAUCAUUGGAUAAUAGCAUGCAUCAUUACACGCACAUUGUAACACGACCACCUCUCCAAAAGCUAUGACGAAUGCGCUCUGCAUUGUGACCUGCCAUAUCGUUCUGCCGCCUUGUUCCACCCUAUCUCGCCUAAGCUUCGCGGCGCACGUCUGACGGUCUACAUAGAACAUUCACUUCUUCAUCUUCUGGUCCUUGCACGUAGCAUCCGCCAUUAGAAACACGCUUCCAGAAACCAAAUAUUCCCCUUGCUCCUGCUUACCUGUCAUUGAAACUCCAAGGAAUUCGCCGAUAUGGGUUGUCCUAUAUCCUAAACAGGGCGCGUAACAUGUUAGCGCUACGGGGCUGACCCAAUGAUAAGCAUCUGAUUGC